AAACGCUCUUCUGCGUUCCAUUUCUCCCUUGUCAUAACUGUUAGCGUUCUUCCUUCUCCAUUAAAGCCCACGCAGACUGCUCCAAUCAAUCAAUCUUCUCUGCGUAAUAUUAUGUUACAGAUAAUCUCCUAGCGCAACGCAUACACCUACGCUUCUCUCCCCCUCCAUCUGUCUCUUCGCGUGGAAUUGCAGAAUCCAGAUCGUGGCAGGACUCGACACUGAGCAGCCUGAAAAUGAGUGACAGCCAGAAGUUCCAGCUCGGGACUAUCGGGGCAUUGAGUUUGUCGGUGGUUUCGUCUGUCUCGAUUGUCAUAUGCAACAAGGCACUUAUUAGCACACUCGGUUUUACGUUCGCCACUACGUUGACAAGCUGGCAUCUGCUUGUUACAUUUUGUUCCCUUCAUGUGGCACUAUUGAUGAAACUGUUUGAACAUAAGCCUUUUGAUGCAAGAGCUGUAAUGGGAUUUGGCAUACUAAAUGGAAUCUCAAUUGGGCUUCUAAAUCUUAGCUUGGGCUUCAACUCUGUAGGCUUCUACCAGAUGACGAAAUUGGCAAUCAUCCCCUGUACUGUUCUUUUGGAGACCCUUUUCUUCAGGAAAAAGUUCAGUAAAAGCAUCCAGUUUUCACUCAUGAUCCUCCUCCUGGGUGUUGGGAUUGCAACUGUGACAGAUCUACAAUUAAAUGCCCUUGGGUCUUUCUUGUCUCUGCUCGCAGUUCUUACCACAUGUGUUGCACAGAUUAUGACAAACACUAUUCAGAAGAAGUUCAAAGUUUCUUCAACACAACUUCUAUACCAGUCUUGUCCUUAUCAGGCAUUAACUCUGUUCAUCGCUGGCCCAUUUCUGGAUUGGUGUCUAACUGAUCUAAAUGUUUUUGCUUUCAAAUACACUCCCCAAGUGCUGUUCUUUAUUGUACUCUCCUGCCUUAUUUCUGUCUCAGUCAACUUCAGUACGUUUCUAGUUAUUGGAAAGACUUCUGCAGUUACAUAUCAGGUCCUAGGACAUCUAAAAACGUGUUUAGUUUUGGCCUUUGGGUAUGUUCUGCUUCACGAUCCAUUUAGCUGGCGGAACAUUUUGGGAAUCUUGGUUGCCAUAGUUGGAAUGGUUCUCUAUUCCUAUUAUUGCACCCUCGAGAGCCAACAAAAGUCUAAUGAAGUAUCAUCAGCACAACUAUCACAGGUGAAAGAAAGUGAAUCCGAUCCCCUGAUAAGUGUUGAAAAUGGAGCCGCAAUCUUAGGGGAUGGUGUGGGGCCUAAAGCUCCAGCGUGGAGUUCAAACAAGGACCUGCAUGCAUAAGGGGGUCGCCGUCUUUGCUGACUAAUUUUGUUGUUAGCCCAAAUCGGUGGGUCAAGUUAUCCCCCCAGCAAUGAAGAGAUUGCUGGCAAGACGCCUUCUCAUGCUGAUUGCUGUGUAUCAAGAGUGCGACACCUAUUGAAUGAAGUAUAAAAUUAGAGAGGUAGAGGAAACUCUCUCCAUUAGCAGAUGAGUAUUGUUAAAGUAAUGAUUCUGUCAGAUUAUUGACGCAUAUCAAAAUAUUUGAAGAUGAGAGAACAUACUGUUUUACAAAAUCUUGAAAACAAUAUUCCAUAAAUUGCAAAUUUUGGUGAUUUAUAGCGA